AGCCCCCCUGCCACCCCCGAGCAGCCCCUGCCUGCGUUCUGCCUGCACUACUUCGACAUGCUCUGCUCGGAGGACAUCGCCUGGGCCGCCAAGGCUGUGGGGGAACCGUCCCAAAGCGGUGCCCAGGGGGGGCGAGGGGAGGUGCAGAAGGAGCCGGAGCAAUGUCCCAUCAUCGAUAGCCAGGGCUUGGGGGUUGGCCACGCCAGGGAGGGACGCGCCGGUGUGGGGACUAAAGCCGUGCUGCAGCUACGGGGAUUUGCAACCUGGUGCUGGGGUUUGGACCCAGCGGACUGGAGCCCCGGCAACGUGCAGAAGUGGAUCCUGUGGACGGAGCACCACUGUGGCGACGUCCUGCACGCCCACCGCGACAUCUAGAAGUCUGCUGCUUGGAUGAAGGAAAAAGCUGCCCCGGGAGAUGUGAAAUACUGCGGCAUCUUCAAGAUCGAGGACUCGGCGCAAGUGGCCCGUCUGUGGGGCAUCCGGAAGAACCGCCCGGCCAUGAACUACGACAAGCUGAGCCGCUCCAUCCGGCAGUAUUACAAGAAGGGCAUCAUCCGCAAACCCGACAUCUCCCAGCGCCUCGUCUACCAGUGCUCCCAGGAGAUGGUGGGCACAGAAUUUGGGGCUGGCAGAGGAGACGUGGGGUUGAUCGG